AUGGACAAGCUCGACGUGUCCAACUUCGACCUCAAUGCCAUUCUGCGCGGCGCCCAGCUGACCCUGGUUGGCGAGGCUCCUUCUGACCGCCGCACAGUCAACCGAGCCCUCCAGAACCCCCGCCUCUUCACCUCGACCCACUACCGCCAGGCUGCCGUCGCCGUCGCCGCCGGCAUCGCCAUCCGCAUCAUCGUCGCCAUCCCGGUACCAACCAGCCCGGCUCACCUCCCCCAGAUUGUCGGCGUGCGCGUGCUGCUAUGGAUCCUCUCGCUCUUCAUCGACAUGGACCAUUCGCAGCUGGACGAGACGGUUGUGAAUGGCCUCCAUUUCCUCGAGCAUUCGGUCCUGCAGGUCCCCUUCUUCCUCAUGACGCUGAUGCGCUACGUGACACCUACGCUAGAUGAAAUGUUCAUGGACUCGCUGCGCUGGGUCGACGAGACGUACGUCCAGAAGCACAAGACCGACGACCCCCACAACCUCCGCGCCAUGUACUACCCGAACCUCGAAAUGUACCCCGACCACGCACCCAAGCCGCAAAAGGAGAAGAAGCCCUUCAAAGAGGCGGCUACAAUCUACGCCACAAAGCAGGGCAGAAAGGCAGCCAUUUCCUUGGGAGUCCUGGCCCUGUCGUACAUGCCCUACGUCGGACGCUUCGUGCUGCCUGCUGCCAGUUUCUACACAUUCAAGAAGUCGGUGGGCACUCAGCCAGCAGCCCUCAUCUUUGCUACUUCGCUGCUGUUUCCCCGCAGGUAUCUGGUCAGCUUCCUGCAGGCCUACUUUUCUUCCCGCACCCUCAUGCGUGAGCUGCUCGAGCCAUACUUUAGCCGCGUCCGCUACACCAAAGAACAGAAGAAGCUCUGGUUCCGAGACCGAGCCGGUGUCCUCUUUGGCUUCGGCCUGGGCUUCUACGUCUUUGUCAAGAUCCCGCUCGUUGGCGUCCUCAUCUACGGCCUCGCAGAAGCCUCGACGGCAUAUCUCAUCACCAAAAUCACCGAGCCGCCUCUGCCGCCGGCCGAAGCCGAAAAGUUCAAGGAAGAUUCGCUCCGGUGGAAGAACAAGCAUGAGUUUCUCAGUCUGCCAUUGCAGCACAUGGAUGAAUACAACCUGUCCAUGCACAAGCCCAAGGCCCAGUCGGAAGUGCGCCAGACUCCCAGGAAGACGUUUAGUUAG